CUGCAGUAUAAAACACGCACCACUACUUCCCGGUAGACAGAGAAAAUGGAGCGACCGCUGCUGACGACGCCGGGCCUAGUAGCGCUGAGUGUAUUGAUAAGCAUGUGCAGUGGUCAGAGCGACCCCUGUCUGAGCCACGAGACACUGCAGCAUGACAAGCGAGUGUACACGUAUAUCCUGUCUCAGACGGAACAGGCCGAGUGCGACCACUACCUGCCGGAUGGAAACAACUGGUAUCGACUUGAUGGUUCCGGGGCUGGGGAUCUCUACUCUCACUGUCCCCAGAUUUCAGCUUGUGGGACGCUCUUCCCCGUCUGGAUGAACGGUUCCAUCCCCGCCCCCUCUGAGGGCGUGGUCAACCGCACGGCCUACCAACGGGGGAUAAUCGGGUGCUUCGAGACCCAGCUCCAGGUGAGGGUGAAGAACUGCGGCACAUACCGUGUGUACUUCCUCAACAAGCUGAGCGGCUGCCCCGGGAAAUACUGCUUCGAUUACUUGGAGAAAUGCCCACCAGGUCAAGGUUCCAUAUCGGGGUACCAACCAUGCACAACCGCGAUUCCACAUCUGUCGGCAAGCGUAAAAGCGGAAGUGCGGCCAUGGGUGAAAUCCCACAAGUUGAGAGACGUCAGCGGGCGGAAACUACACUUUAACUGCACCCGUCUGCACGACACAGCAACAACGUAUGUGUACGACGUCGACUGGUACAUUGACAACCGUCUAAUCAAGAGUUAUCGCGAUGUUCCGAGCUCCCAGUACUACCAGACAACCGUCCUGAUACAGGAAGCUGGAUGGCAGCUCCCAAUGACGGUGAAGUGUUCGUUUAAAGCCAAAACAACAGCGAGCGGAAUACCUAGCAAGACGUUCACCAGUGAAGACUUCUUUGCUGGAAUAAAAAUAACCAAUCCCGUCAACACUAUACCGGAAGGGAGCUCAGUCUCCGUGACCUUCACCUCUACUAUACCCGUUCCUUGUAUCACCGACGUGCCAUUCAGCUGCAUCAUCAAUUUCGAGAGCACCAUCUCCUCAGCCAACGCCACGUGCGCAAUGGUGUCCGGUCCGACCAGCGUGAACGUCCCCGGCCUGUGUGGCUUCAGCUUCGACGGAAGUCGAUGGAACAGCCCCCAGUCCAUGAGGGUGACGGCGGUUACCAACGGCCGUGACCGGAACCCCGUGGCCCCGGCUGUCCUCAGACUCAAGUCCUCAGACUACAGCAAGGUCCUGCCACUCUGGUCUCACUACAAACUGCCGGAAAUACAGACACAUGUGACAGACAGGAACCGCAAUGUGGUCAGGAAUCAGUGCAGAGCUCACACAGACGUCCACAUCAACACAUUUGACGGAGGAUCUUACGACACUACCGCUGUUGGUGUGUACACAUUGUACCGUCACCUUCAUAAACCCCUGUCGGUUAUGACCAAGACAGAAACAUGUCAUUACGGCACUUGUAGCUGUGCAGUCGCCAUCCACGCCGGCAAAGACAUGUUCAUGGUGUACGCGUGUAUGAAUCAGUGGAUCGUCAAGAGAGACGGAUGUAGCCCCAACAGCUACCUCGAGGUCUCUCAAAUAUCUUCCGGAAGACGAUAUCAGGUUGUCAUGCCGACGGGAACGAAGGUAGAGCUCUCCUACACAUCCCUUAACCGCUUCAACAUCCAGAUCUUCGCUUCCCCAGCAGACGUGGCCAACACGGAAGGCCUGUGCGGGAACUUCAACGGUAGAUCAUCCGACGACAACAUAGUCCUGGCUUCACGCUAUCUUCAUAGUAACGUUGGGGGUAGUAAUGCGUUCAUCCAAGCCGCCCCGGGGGUGGUGGACCCUCCCGCCUACCUGUGUCUCUGCGCCAGAAACAACCGCAGCCCCGGGCAUGCUGCCUUCGUGGGCAGCGUCACCUGCGACUGGAGGGAAGCCUACAGCUGCUCCAACAUCCAGUGGACGUCGAAACCAUGCGAGCAUCGUCGUCGCCGGGACCUGCAUCUCAUGGAGGAACACGAACCCUAUGAUGACGUCAUUGAUGACACUCCACCCGUCAAGCGUGUGGCGCGAAGCAGCUGGACAAAGACUGCCGCACGAGCCAAAUGUUUGGAGAUAUUCCGCCAGUACCGUUCCUUCAACAAGUGUGUGGAGCUGCCUGACGUCACAAUUGGCAGCGUCCUCGACGAUUGUGCUGCCGACGUCGUGCUUACCGGGACGACAGACUGGGUGCCGAUCGCACUGGAGCUGAUCAAAGGACAGUGCGUCAACGUCCUCGACGUCAAUACGGAGGUUUGGGAGAAGGCGCAGCCGGGGUCAACUAUGUCAGUAGGAGACGCUAUCCUUCAAGAAGCCAAAUGUCCCAAUGAGUGCAGUGGACACGGGCACUGUGUGACAGGUAUUUGCACAUGCGACUCUGGGUUUGUGGAAGAUGACUGCUCGGUCAACUUGAACCUACCGCCACGUGUCACGAGACUGUCACGUGACGGGCUGUGUGACGUCGCCAACAGCACGUGUCUCGCCACCUUCGUGUACGGAGACAACUUCUACAACUCGACUGGACUCAAGUGUCGCAUCACGGAGAUCCUGGUGAGCGAGAAGGCCGUCCAAGUGGACGGAAGGUCAACCGACGUCGCUGCAGAAUUUGAAAACUUCAAACAGGUGGCGUGCGACUUCCCGUCGGCGACGAACAUGGCGUUCAUCCCCCACACUCUUGGUCUCCAUGGUUACCACGUGGCCGUCACUAACAACGGCUUCUCCUACAGCAGCAACUUCACCUUUGUCGCACACGACUCCAGAUGCCACCAGUGCAACAUCACCACGGAGACGUGCACGCUCAAGGCGGCCAGCUGCUACAUUGACGGCGCCUGCUACACGACGGGGGCGGAGAAACACAACGACUCCAACAGGCAGUGCAAGCCAGAUGUCGACUCGUUUAUCUGGACACAGAAGAUCGCGAUGACCGACGGUGUCCGGCUGAACGGUGGGUUGUCUCCCUUGGAGGGUAGGGUUGAGAUCUUGCAUGACAACCAGUGGGGCACCAUCUGUGAUGACACAUGGGACGACAACGCCGCUACGGUGGUAUGCAGGAUGUUGGGAUACGACGACAGUCCUGGGAAGUCGACUUCUAUCAAGGCCUUUGGGGGCGGGAGCGGCCCCAUCUGGAUCGACGAUCCCAGUUGUGACGGCACCGAGAGCAACAUCGCCAACUGCCCCCGCUACUAUGGCAUCGUCCACUGGGGCAGCAUGCACUGCAAGCACAACGAGGAUGCCGGCGUCAGAUGCACUCCCAAGACGGGCGUGCCAGCUAUAAUUGGAUAAGCAUGUUUUGGCAGUGAUGAAUGAUUACUGGACGGGUGUACUCACGAUGUUGUACAUUUCUUAUUUCUUAAAUGUGUAAUGAAAUAAAUGUUUCUCAGAA